GCUACGGGUCAGUGUACAGAUGCAGGUUAAAGGGGCACGGAAUGGAGGAGGAGAUGGCAGUGAAGGUCUUCGACCUCGAGAUGCCAGGCGCGGAGAGGAGCUUCUUGGCCGAGUGCGAAGCGCUGAGGAGCAUCCAGCAUCGCAACCUUCUCCCCAUCAGAACCGUGUGCUCGGCGGUCGACAACAGGGGCGGCAUGUUCAAGGCCUUGCUCUACGAGUUCAUGCCUAACGGGAGCCUCGACACGUGGUUGCACCCUAGAGCGGCGCCGGCGGCGGGCGAGAAAGCUCCGAAGCGUCUAGGGUUCUCUCAGAGAGUGAACAUCAUCGUCAACGUAGCCGAUGUGCUGGACUAUUUGCACCACGAGUGCGGGAGGCCGACUGUUCACUGCGACCUGAAGCCCAGCAACAUCCUCCUGGACGACGACCUGAACGCCCUUCUGGGAGAUUUCGGCAUCGCGAGGUUUUACGCUGACUCCAAGUCAGCACCGUCGCCGGCGGUAGACCCAACUAGUUCCGUCGGUGUGAGAGGGACUAGUGCGCAAACCACAAUGAGAAUAAUCCAGAGAAUCAUAUCCGUCCUAGCGCCUGCACGUAAGGACAGUUCUCUCAAGCUGGAGAGGCCGGCCGGGUACUCGACGGCGGCCCGCCAUGCAGGGUCCAUGUGCGGCACAUGA